UUGUUACUGCGCUAAUAAGUUCAAUUUUUUAAACUGAUCGAAUAUAUUUAAAAGUAGUUCAUAAACAGAAGAGCAUGGAGCAUCUAAAGAUUAUAAAAAUAAUAAAGAUAACUCUUCUCCUGUGUUUACUGGUGUUAGUUACUUACUUUGCUUAUCAACCAAUUUCCAAAAUUAAACAAAAAAAAUUUUCUGUACACAGCAUCACACAUAAACACUUUUUGGAUUUUUAUACUAAGAACCGAAUUAAAUUAAAAACUAACGUUUUGUCUUACUCAUUGUUUGGAAACAAUUGGAAGAGAUACGGAAAAAAUGUUGAAUUUGUUGCAAAGGAGGCAGCAAAUAAUAGCUUAUAUAAAAACUGGAUAGUUCGAAUUUAUCAUGAUAGUUAUACGAUAACACCAAUUAUUGUUGCAAGGUUAACUGAGCGUUAUCAAAAUUUAGAGUUUUUUAAUGUUAGUAACUUCGACGAUCUAGAAAAUAUUAACGGAAUGAUGUGGAGAUUUUUAGUAAUUGCAGAUUUAACUGUGGAUGUUGCGUGUAUUAGAGACUUGGACUCAAAAAUUUUGGAAAGAGAAACUGAUGCUGUCAAAGUUUGGCUGAAAUCAGGUAAGUUAGUUCAUUCAAUGAAAGAUAAUCCUGCACAUAGUAUACCAAUAUUGGGUGGCAUGUGGUGUUAUAGGAAUGAACUCAAUAGAGGCCUAGGAAUCAAAAUAGCAACAAUUUGUACUGAAAAGUGCAUGGAUCGUGAUCCUAUCAAACAGUUGGAAGCAAAAAAAGGAGAUGAUCAGGAUGUUUUAACUUUGUAUGUUUGGCCGCUUGUCAGCCAGAAUGCAUUAGUACACAAUUCUUUUUUGUGUGAAAGCGACUCUAAAAGUCAACCUUUUCCCACAAAAAGAGACAUAACAGGAGAAUAUGUUGGGCAAAUCAGGGGCGCAAUCGGUAUAAUUGUUAAGUGUCCAAUUUCAUGUCGCCCAAAAGAACAUCAAAAUUGGAAAUACUGUUAAUAAGACUAAAACUAACUUGUUAAAUACAAUAACAACAACAGUAACAAGUUCAAAUGUUAAAAAGAACAAAAUCUAGUCCUUCAUUGGUUUCAAUGUUUUAAAAAUAUAUAUGUAAUUUUUAUAUUGUUUUUUAUAAGUAUAUCCUUCAAUAAUCAUUUUGCAGUUAAUAAAAUGUAGUUUUGAACACUAUUCAACAUUGCUUGCAAUCUUGACUGUAAACCACCCAGCCAGAAUGUCAACCUGUUUUUAGUAAAUAAACACCCAAGU